AUGGAUUACGACUUUGGCGAUCACUUUGACCACGAUGACAAAGACGACUGGGGCAACGACGAUGGAGUGUGAGUACUCUUUUGCAUUAACGCGAGGUACUGACACAUAAUGUAUCAUGCGCAGAAACAACGAAACCUUGUUAAAAGUUCCUAGGCACAGUGUAAAAACCGAUUUAAAAAGCAAAAGAUAGUGCAGAUAGGUUGGUACCGAGAAGGACGUAGGAGACGGGAAUGGCCAUUUCAGGCCUAAUAGCCAUCGUCAGCCAGCCUUAACCUACAUUGGGUUUGGGAGCAUUAAAAUCGUAACAUAGGGUCUUUGGUUAUUAAGCGCUAAUAAUUCUGACGGUCCAACCACUUAUUUACAAGACGGUUGUCCUGUUGGCUGCGAUCAGGCGAAGUGACUACGGUUUGAAAUUCAGGUGCCCCCAAACCUGUGAUUGGGUAGGGCUGACUGACUGAAUACGUCAGAAAUGCUCAUCUCGAAGUCUCCUAUUUUGUUCUGUACAAUACACACCAACAUGUACUAGUAGUCUACACGCGACUGCCUGUGUGAGGUCCGGAGCGAACCUCAGAACAUAACAGCACGAGCAACUGUUCCGUUAAAAGCUGGAAUUUUGUGAACUUCAAUUUAGGAGGGUUUGAAAUUUUAAACCCCAAAAGAUAGAAUUUGUUUACAAACCCCUGUUCGAAUUAGGGUCGACAUAUGGCCGACAUGAUUGCGAGGAAUUGGGGAAGCAGCUAGAAAAAGUAACUGCGCAUUUUCCAUGAAGGAUUACAUUGACAAUGUAUUUGUCGGUCAUUUUACGGAACAUACUAUUUCACCGUUGCGCCCUGGGGCUCAGUCGGUAGCCCAAACCGGCAGUCGCACAGGAACCGCAAAUAUAUGAUUAAAGAGAAGCCAAAAACGACAGGGCAGACGGGACUAACGAUUUCUGAUUCGUUGGAGACCUAUAACCGAUUCCAGGUUUUGUAUGAUCCGGGAUCUCAGUGCCAUUGCAGCCAGUACGACGGCAGAUUUCUGACUAAACUGCAGCGAGUUUAACUUAAAAAGGAUAGGCGACCAGGGAUGCUGGGCUCAAAUCCCAGCCCCUGCAGACUAGCGGUUGGUAAGACUGACUAUUGAAGACUAACAAAAUUGAAAAAGCUCAACCUCAGACUCUCUUUUCUAUGCCGAUGCUCCUCUUAUAAAUAUUGAGCUAUACGUAUUGUAGGCAGUGUCAUCGCGAGAGCCCUGAACCGACAUGAUGGCCUCAGGAUUAAAAAAAGGAGCAGAGAGAUGGGCAUUUCCCGCCUAUUUGCCUUGAUCAGCCAGUCAGAAUGCAACUCAAAGUUGUGGAGCACACACGCGAACUCCCAGAAAAGGAGCCCCAAGCAACGUGCUCAUCACUGCAUAAUCGGGUUUCGUUAGGUCCACUGACGGCGGUGAUCUCUAGUCACAUGAUUAAGUUGCGUGUUCCAAGCUGGAGAUGAAAACCACGCUGCCUCGACGCAGAGGCCCACAUCUCAAAAAGGUAGUUGCAGGGCAACUGCAAAUUAUCAGUCGACACGUCUUCAUUGACAAGACAGUGAGGAUGCGAAUGUCCUUUUCAUGACUUAUCUGUCGUCAUACGACAGAGAUAUUAUAACCCCAGGACUACACGCCGGCGGUCUUAAUUCCAACCAUGCGCUUAUUCGGCAGCAGCCUAGCUAGUUCAUCCAGACUCCAGAGAGCACCGAAUACUCCUUGGCACAACAAUGCCAUACAACGGCCAAGCCUCAGUGUUGGCUAGUCGUCUAGGCCUUGUCAUCGUGGGCUGAUGACGAAGAACUUCAGAGGACCUUCAUAAUCCUUAGUUCUUUCUCACAGUUAGGUCGGACUGGCGUAUAACUCUUCGGGUACUGUGUGCGAUGAAUGGAAGAAAGGGUGAAAUUCUGAACACAUUUAAGAUGCUAAACCGUCAUGUCUUAUUUGUAGUACCACAUGUGUUUAUGCAUUUCCAAAUCCUUGUAGGUUGUACGUUGCCGGAGUGGCAUUGUUGUGCUUUGGUGUAUUAUUUGUCCUUAUUGGUGGAAUCUGCGUCUCCUGCGCCUGCUGUUCUCGUGAGGCCGCGCAUAGAGAUAGAGAAUUUUCGGCCGAAACUCUACAGCAGGUAACUGUUUGUCCUUAUGCGGAUCGCACUUCAAAGGGUUUUAAACCCCGAACAAGUGCAAUCUCUACCACCAGCCUCACCUGCAUUUUAUGUUUCCGAAUUAUAGGCUGCUCAAAUUUCAUGCGUGGAAAAUUACUUAGUCAUUCUUGCUAUCAAGAUGCCAUGCGAUACAGAAAAUGUGUGCAGUGCAUGUGGACUUUGUUAUGUUAUUCAUUAUAUUUGCUGUCGUCGUGAAUUUAAGGAUACUUUACGCAGAAAAUACAUAAAAGCAAUUCUAUAUGCCCAGAUGGUGAAACAUUAUAUGCACUUAAACGUAUAUGCUUUAAAAUAGGAUAUAUUCGCUUUUUUAAAGUUUUCGCAAUAUAAACGUUUUCAGGAAUCUACAAGUGUCCAUUCAUAAAAUGUCGUAUGUGCCCAUUUAUCAUAGCUGCCUGUUUAAUAAACAAGAUAUUCGGUAUCCAUUUGAGCGUUUCCUGAGACCUGUGUUGCCUUAUUAAAUUACAUGGAAUAGUACGAUAUGUCAUGAACGAAAAUUUACAGUUUACAGAUUGAAAAGCUUAAAUGCAAAUACGAUGGAAGACCAGGCUCAAAACUACUCGGGAUAUAGAUAGUAUUCUAAAGGCAGGUGGCAUCAUUUUGAGCGUAAAAUUUAGCAAACAUGUUACUUCAAUCAAAAAAACACCACAUGAGUAUUUCCCAAAACAUAUUUGAAUUUGUAGGGACGUCUAAAACCAACGAAAACUUUAAUAAAUAUAAGCAGUCAUUUUUGCAUAAGGCAGUUUUUGCAGCUAAGCAAAAGAAAUACUUUCGAAAGCCAGAACCUGCUCCCGAUCCACAAGGACGUUGUGAAAUUUGGGUUAACUCGUCUCUCAAUUUAUAUCUAAUGCAUACAGUAGAUGGGAUAACUCAUGAAACGUCAGUCGAAAUUUCGAAAACAUUAAUUAAGUAGGGUUGUAAAACUGCUCAUCCUGCAGCAUAAUUCUAUAAUAAAUAUGUUACCCAAUGGUGCCAGCUUCCGAAAGAACUUACGUCAGGCCGCAAGCAGAUUCAUUCUCUGCAAAGAACGACUACUUAAGUAGCAUGCAUUUUUCUUAUUGAUUUUCGAUGCCCUUAAAAAAUCAUUUAUAUGUUAUGGAAAACAUGUAGACGGAUAUUUACUGUCCUGCUCAUUUGAUUAAAACUGACGUUUUCGUUCAAUGUCGUACUCAAAAGAAGGGCAUGAUUCGGCUUUGGGAAAUGUUUUAAUUGCAAGACUUCUUAAAGCCCUGAUAUGGCCGUUCAUAGAACGUCAUGUCUCUUCAUUUACCAAUGUAGUUUUUAAAGUUAACAACAAGCCUUCAAUCCACUGCUGAAUUCUGUAAGCCCAUAUGGUCUUCUCUUAAUAACGUGGAGAAAUGUAUAGUUUGUCGUACGCGGAAAACUUACGAUUUGUAGUUUGGAAACCGUUAAUGAAUGUGUAACGGCAGGUUGUGUUCAAAAUUAUUCGGGAAUUUAAAGUUUUUAAAUGCCACAUUAUGCUCUUUUCUGGAGUAGUAAAUUGAAACUGAAGUUAAUUGUCUACCGAAUGAGCAAAAGAAUGAAUACUUUAUGCAUGCUUUCCAUGGCAUAUAAUUGAAUGUUUAAGGGCAUCGGAUAUCAAUGAGAAAAAGUCAUGCUACUGAAGUUGUCAUUGUUUGCAGAGGAUGGUUCUUGCAUGCAACCGUCAAGGACUCUAUUCUAAAGCGGGCACUCUGAGGUGACCGGAUUAAUAAAGAAUUAUACUACAUGGUGAACAGUUGUACAACCCUAUAUAUUUAAUGUUUUCGAAACGAGAACGCAUUUCGAAAUUUCGACCGGCAUUUUAUGAGUUAGCCCACCUACUGCAUGUCCGACACUUGUAAGUUUUAUAAAUCUUGUCAGACGAUUAGCAAGUGGUAUUAGUAUCCGAAACAUAUAUCGUUUGCGUGGGAAAAAGAAUUUACAUCGUUUCGUCAGAUACCCCACCAAACGUAAUUUAACAGGCCAAUACACAUGCCGCUUUCACUCACGGGAACACAUUGUACGGGCCGGUACCAGUCACAGUUUAUAACAUCCGCCCUUUUCAAUAAGGCCUUACAUUGAGUGAAAGACAUUGAGCAGAUGUUAGCAUUUCGACAAGGCUGGAAAAUGUUUGUACCUAAAAUGGAAUUAUUGAUGCCAUCGAUAAGCCUGUGUUUGGUUUUGUCCAUAAUGAGACGUUCCGUAGGCCUUUAAUAUGAUGCUCAAAAAAGGUCCACAAAAUCCAAAAUUAUAUUUAAGGACACACUUGUGGGAUGUGGUUCACUAACGUGAACAUUUAAAUUAACUGAAUUUUAACGUAGCAAAAUCCUUCAACUUAAAUUUUCUAGGAAAAUUUGGCUUUUGACUUGCCAGAAAUACUGUGUGAAACAACUCUCCCUGCGCAUUACUUUCAGGAAAAGGCUUGCAUUUGUGUAAGCGCUAGUCGCCUUAUCAGUUUGAGGUAAUGUAUGCACGAAAAUUCCCAUUUAGUCGAUUUUUAUAAGAUCUAUAAUAAUCCACUUGAAAAGGAGCAAACGUUCAUUUACUCAGCAGGUGAGAUGCAGUACUUGACCCAUCUGAUGAAAGAUCGCAAUCUGUGAAGUUAAAUUGUUGUGGCGCUCGAAACGCACACCCAGCAAAAAAAGGAGGUUAUACCACGCUAAAAAUACGACGGAGCUUCAAAAUAAGACACAGUUCACUUAUUAUUUGUUGACUUAAAAAUAAUUAUUUUACGAAAAAUUACCAGGGUAUUAAAACGACUCCAUGACGUGUCAACUAGUCAAGGCCUAAUAUAACUGCCAGCGGGGAAUAGAAACGUCGCAAAACGAAAAUAUCGAUGGAAGAUAGUAAAAUGUUCAACGUAUUAGUACUUCUUCGAUUGUCAUUUAGCUUUCAAAGUUUCCGCAAAGCUCGAGGACAUGGAGACUACCAAGUUGCCUAAGGUGGUUUGGUCUAUAAUUGUUUAGCUAAAUUUUCAACUUCUGCUUUAUAGGAAGAUGUCUAAACGCUUUGUCUUUUUUUGAUGAAUGCAAGCUUUUUGAUGCAAUUAAGGCCAGUGCUGUUGGCCGGAAUAAAAAUGCUUUGAAGGUCGCAGGCGGAGGGACUGAUUGGGAUCUAAAAUAUCAGACUAUAGUCGUUCGUUUAAUUGGAAUCAUACCUUCUUUGAACUAUGGAAAGGAGGUUUAUCCUGCAAAAUUAGUGUCCAUUUGACGAUUUUAAAUGCCGUUGUAAACGAUGGCAUCCUUUAGGAUGUCGAUGAACACCUUGCUAUUUAUCGUAUCCGCUGUUUAACGCCAAACGUGUCGCUCCACGAAUUUUAUCGGCAUCCAAACCAUCAGGCGUCGACAGUUCUUCAAAGUUUGUGUCGGCGUAGUUUCCUCACGUGGGAGUUUCUUCCCACAUAUGACCACCUGGGCUGACCUCUGAGGUUUGUCUAGAAAUAGGACCUCAUAGCGAAUGCAAACGAUUUUCACCAAGGAAAGUCUUCGAUCAACAUAUUUUUGAGCAAGCAAAAAACGUUCUCCAAUACGUUUUCUAGUUUAAAGUGGCUUUGUCAUAGCGUAUUGGUGAUGAACACCAAACUCUUUCAUUCUUUUUCUUAUUGUGCGCAAAGAAAACAUUCAGAGAUGUUCUCUGUAAACAGCCUUAACAGGCACCUAAUAAUAAUUUUUCAGUGUCCGACUAAAGAAAUCGUCGUCAUGCUUGCUUGUGAACCGUUUUGGCUCACCUUGCUUAGUAAUAAGCACUGUUUUAUCAUUCAUAAUUGUCUAGAGAUCGACUUGGCUAAUAUCGAAAACACUAGCUAACCACUGACACGGCAGCCAUUCGGCUGCGAAUUUUCGUAUCCGCUCAAAGUCAAAUUUCGAUGGGAGCUGUUAUGAUAUCUUUGCUGCAAGGCGUAGCAAAGGAAAUUGGCAGCAUGUGACGCUCAAUCUACAUAUACGUGUUUACGCCUACUAGUUCCCGGUGCAGUCAAACAAAGACAGUCGAACAAGCUUAUGUCUGCGUUAACGAUAUGAAGCGUUACCGUUUUGUUAAAUAUAAUUUAGGAUGAGAACAUGAUUUCUUGGUUUAUGGGAAUAAUGUGUUUUUACAUACUUGAGUUGAUUUUUGUGAGCUAAAAAUUAAAAUUUUCAUUUCCGGAGUUCCCCGCUUUGAUGUUUUUCUUGUAAUAUUAAAUUUUUCUUAUAACGCAAUGCGUGCAAAUAAGAGGUUUUAAUAGGAAAUUCGUAUUAGAAUAAGAAAAUAAGCGCAUAUCUGGAGACGUCAAAACUUUCCUAGUUUUGGUCAGUUUUGCCCAAUAAAACUGAAUCCGCAUGACAUCUUCUUUAGAAAAGGGUUUAAAGAAAUUAAAUCAAUUCUAACAAACAAAAAUAAACAACAAAAUAUGUGCCAUUCCAUCAACUCAAUAAAUGAUCCGGCGUUACCUUAGUUAGAUCAUUGUCUAGAACAGGAAGAUGCGAUUACUAGGACAACAUUUUUUUAAUCAUAAGAUACGCCUAUUUACGCAUAACUUUAGCCAACACAGCCGCCUCAACCUCCGUACCCGCCUCAACCGCAGUACCAACCUCAACCGCAGUACCCGCCCCAACCUCAAAAUCCCCCUUCCGCCGCACCUCCGUUGCCUUACCCCCAACAACCGCCGUCUUACGAACAGGUCGUGAACAUUCAACAAAACCCUGCUUAUCCGACCGCACCCUCUGCUCCGGCAGCAGAAGAAAUCAAAAAAGCGGCAUACGAAUAA